AGUCGCUCCGUCUAUGGGGGAAGCUCCGCAGCAGAACCGCCGCAAUAUGCCCGGUUUUGGGCUUUUUUCUUUGCGGGAUUUUGUUGUUGCGACCGACGAUUUUCUCUUUUGUGAGACGAGACUUCGUCGAUUAUGGAUUCGCCGAAACUUGUACCAAUCCACACCACUAGUCUAAAGAAUGCACUUGCAAAGUGUUCAAUCAUCUGUGCACAUCUAGUCAACAUUUUACAUGAAAAUUAAACCAAAGAUAAAACGUAACUAUAAGAUUACGUUAGAUUACAGAAAUGGGAACUGAUCGUUUUAAGAGAAGAAAAAUAGGAAGUAGCAAACCAAGUUUAAGCUGUGUUAUUAUAAAACAUAAAUGCCAAAAAUCAAGAGAUAUUUUAAUAUAUGAAAAGUUAAAAUAUAUUUAUUCAUAGUUAUUCAUAAGGACUAUUUAACACCGAUAAGAAAUAAUUAGAAAGGAGCUGAUGACGACAAGAGUGGCACGACAUGCUUCUAAAAAGGCACCAACAUCAGUCAACCUCAGUACCAAACUGUGCUAUUUUAGUAAUUUUAUAGAAACAGAUUUUGAUCAGACAACUAAUUACAGUUUGCUCUAUGCUGAGGAGAAUUCAGUGAUAGAGGAAGUAGGUCAUUUUGACUAUUUAGCUGGAGGUAGCGAACAGGAAAAUACAAUCACAACAUACUAUACAGAAGGUACGCCGUUUGAAACACCUCCACAUUUUUCAACUUCAACAUCUACCUCAGAUUUGCUAAAACUUGAUGAUACAAGAUUAAGUUAUACACUUCAAGCAGAUUUUAAAGAAUUAAUUACUGAUAAUCAAACAACAGAGCUUAUAAGAGAGAAACUAGAAAAAUUGAAUGAAAUAGAUCAAUUACAAAGCUACAUGGAAUUCGAAAAUAAAGAAAAGGAGUGUGAAAGCACUGAUAUAAACAUAUACUUACCAGAUGAUUUAGAAGAUUUUGAUGAUAAGUGUGAUGAGGAACCAUUAGAAAGGAUCAUCAAUGUCACUCCAUCUCAAUCACCAGUUGAACUGUGUGAUAAGGACAGAGAAGGAAAAAUGGUGACAUUUGGUGGAGAAGACCGUUAUUCUCAUCAAACUCCCUUGAUGUUUUCCAGAUGCAGUUCUUUAGGUUCUCUGAGUGGUUAUGAACAACAGUCACUUCAUGAUGAUCGCAGUUCAGUAGUAAGUGACUUUAGUAGAAGAACCAGUGAAGCUGUUUCUCCAAGCGAACUUCCAGAUUCUCCAGCUCAAUUUGUACAUCCAGGUAGCACACAACAAAGAGACAAGAAAUCCGUAAGAAAGAAAAGUCAACAGAUGAAAGACAAAGUUCAGUCACCUGAAACAUUUUCUGCACAGCCAGAGACGUCAAAACGUAGCAUUUUCGAAGAUGAUUUAGCGGUUUUUAAGGAGGAGUCUACACCUAUUAGGUUUCAAUCUGUAGCAGCAAGUAGUUUAAGUUCUUUAACGAUAGACGACGACGAUGAAGCUGAUGAACAGGAUCGUGGCGAAAUGAAAAAUAAAGCAGGUAUAAUCAAGUCGUCGAAAGUAUCCACGACGAAUAAUCAGUUCGAGAGUGUUGACGAGACUGAAAGAAGAAAGCCAGAUAAUAAUGUCGAAUCGUUGGAAGAAAAUUCGUAUUUUUCAGUGGAUGAAGAGAAAAUUCUGGAAGAGUAUAUUCGAAAAGGAAUAGCAAAAGUAACUCGUCAAGAUAUAAAUGAUGUAUCUUCAUUUAAUUUGCAAGAUGCCAACGCAUAUGAUUCAAGCGAGAAUAAAACUCAUAGUUCUCUAGAAUUGUUUGAUGAAGCAUCUGAACUGACUGCUGAAGAAGAAAAACUUCUUGACGAGUGUAUCAGAAGAGGAAUUGCGAAAGUAACGCGACAAAAUAUAGACGACGUUACCUCCCUAAGUUUGCGAUCAAACAUUUCUGGACUUUCUACAAUUAGUAGCUUUAACAAAGAUAAUAAUAAACAAGAAAAAGAACAACAGAAGCACGAAGAGCCAAAAAAACGAACUGCUGUUUGUCAAAUGGAAUAAUAGCACACUGCGUACCAUGUUUUUAAUAAUUUAUAAAAAAAUUUUGAGUGCCACAAAUGUAUUUUUAGUUUAGACUAAGAAUAUGUAAAUUAAUAGUAGUACAACUACGAUUUAUUUAUUUAUUUAUUUACGUGAUUAUCAAUCAUAUUGAUUGUGCAACUUAUUUUGUAGUUGAUAAUCUUUUCUAUAUUGAAAAUUUUAUUUAUUUAUUACUUCGUUUAUAUUAUGAACAUGUGUAAACGAUUGAUUUUGCUUUAGGAUUGUCAAUGACGAUUCGUAGAUCACGUACUGUGUAAUACAAAUUACAGCUUUAAAUUGAUUCUAGUGAUUGGUCAAAAAUGUGAUAUCCAAAUUACUUUUAAGUCUCGUGAACGGAUGAUCUCUGAUUUUUAAGUCUGAUUGAUUGCCAGUGCAUAUGAUUGUCAGUAAAUGAUAAUUUUAGUACUUCUGUAUUUAUUCAUAAUAUUCUGUAUCUGUUAUCGUACAAGAAAUGUGUAGAUUCCCAUGUAAAAUAAUGAACAUUUUGAAUAAAAAUAAAACUUUGUAAUUA